GCGAUCAGCAUUAAAAACCUGAGUGCGAGUGCGAAAAGUAAUGCGUUCGGAAAUUAUUUUCGACGCGCAAAUUUUCUUCCAUCGAAAAUUUUCGAAACUGCGUCUCGAAGCUUCUCGAACGUUCGAAAAUAUUCAGUGUUUCACAGUGUCCUUGCUAAAACGAAAACAUUAUGAGUGAUUCUCGCACAUUCCUGAGCGCCCAAGGACGUCGAGCAGUGCUGUUGACGACGCGUCAAUACUUUCCCCCGCGCGGUCAAAACUUUAACGGGAGGACAUUAUUUAUCCGACGCGUUAAUACUUCCUCCGCGCGGUCAGUUUUUUUGAAUAGUUUAAACGGUUUAGACAUUUAAAACUAGAAAUUUUCCAAAUAAUAACUCGUCAAGUGUAAAAAACUGACAUUUUUGUUUUAUUUUUCGAUCCUGAAAUAAGUGAAUAAGUAGUGAAAAGCCGAAAUGCCGGAGACAACGCAGAGCGGAACUCCAACAGUGACCACUUCAGGGACGGCAAUUCACCCCGAUGUCAGGGCACCACCGUUCAGCGCCGAGAAACCCGCGCUGUGGUUCGCCCAGUUGGAGGCUCAGUUCCGGAAUCGGGGGAUUGUAACGGAACAGGAUAAAUAUAAUAGGACUAUCCCGUUAAUUGACACCAGGUCAGCUGCCGAAGCGGAGGACAUAAUUAUUAACCCCCCCGCGGACAUCCCGUACCAGACCCUCAAGAGAACGCUUAUCACGCGUUUCUCUAAGUCCAGAGAGGCGAAUCUUCUCCAACUGCUCGAUAGGGAGAGCAUUGGAGAUCGUUCGCCUUCACACUACCUGAGGUAUCUAAGGAGUCUGGUUCCAGACAUCGACGACGAGGUAUUGAAAGCGCGUUGGUUGUCACACCUGCCUGAACAGACAAGGGCAUGCCUAGUCAUACAAAAGGAUGCCACUAUCACGCAGUUAGGGGAGCUCGCAGACAAGCUGCAUGAGGUUUAUCACCCGACAGUCGCUGCCGUAUCGACGUCAACCGUGAGCAUGGACGUAGCACAGCUGACGAAGCAGGUUGCCGCGCUCACUGCGUCUGUCGCUGCCCUUCACAAGCGAGACUCACGUCCUCGCUCAUCUACACGCUCUGGGGAUUCGCGAGGCCAACGCAGCAAAUCGCGUAGACGCUCGAGCUCCAGGAAAGUACCCAACAAAUUUAAUACCUGCUGGUACCAUUUUAAAUUCGGCAGGGACGCACGAACGUGUCAACCUGGUUGUAAGUUUCAGGAAAACGCCGGAGAGAGGCGCUCACUCCAAAUGCCGCCGCUUAUUCAUAACCGACAGGACGACAGGGACCCGACAUUUGGUAGACACGGGAUCUGAUGUCUCUGUCACUCCCCGCAGGCGGCCGGCAACCAAGAG